AGUCCCAAAGGCCUCCCACCCCUUCCAUCCCUGCCUCGCGCAGGCGCGCCCCUAGCGGUCACCUCGCUCCCCCAACUGCUUCCCAGCGCCAACCGCCACUGCUGGGCCUGGGAUCCAGGACGCCACCAUGCUGAGCGUCCUGCUUCUGCUCAGCGGGCUCAGAGCGCUGGGCGAGCCCCUGACAAAUGAUUCGGAGAGACUACGCGUGCAAAUUACAGUUCCUGAGAAAAUGGGCCCACUAACAAGCGAUGACUCGGAAACGGAAGUGUCCUACAAAAUUGCAAUUGAAGGGACAACAUAUAUUGUGAACCUAACGCAAAAAACUUUUUUACCUUAUAAUUUUAAAGUUUAUGGCUAUGAUGAUGCAGGGAUUAUGAAACCUUUAGAAGAAGAGGUUCAGAAUUUUUGCUACUACCAAGGAUAUAUUGAAGGCUAUCCAAAGUCUUUGGUGAUCAUUACCACGUGUACUGGACUCAGGGGCGUACUGCAGUUUGAAAAUAUUAGUUAUGCAAUUGAACCUCUGGAGUCUUCUGUUGGUUUUGAACACAUCCUUUAUCAAAUAAAACAGGAGAAUAAAGAUGUUUCUCUCCAUACUUUGAAAAAUACUGAUUUAAAAAAUAUGACCUAUAAAAUACAAACUGUAAAGCCAUCAUCAGAAUUCUUUCAGUACAUAGAAUUGCAUCUUAUAGUUGAAAAAGAUUUGUACAAGCAUUUGGGUUCCACUACAGCUACUGUCACUCGGAAAAUUUUCCAGUUGGUUGGAUUGAUGAAUGGUAUUUUUAGUUCCUUUAAUCUUACAGUAAUUCUGGCUUCACUGGAACUUUGGACAGAUGAGAACAAAGUUCCAACCACUGGAGAUGUUAAUGAGUUAUUACACCAAUUUCAAGACUGGAAAAAAUCUUACCUUGUUUUACGUCCGCAUGAUGUGGCAUUUUUACUUAUUUACAGAGAAGCACCCAGUUACAUCGGUGCCGUCUUUCAAGGAAUGGUGUGUGACAAGGACUACGGAGGAGGCAUUGCCCUGCACCCCAAAAGCAUGAAUCUGGACUCAUUUGCAGUUAUUUUAGUUCAGUUACUGAGCCUCAGCAUGGGAAUUACUUAUGAUGACGUUAACCAAUGCCACUGCCCAGGAGCUGUCUGCGUCAUGAACCCAGAAGCGAUUCAUUCCGGUGGCGUGAAGAUCUUUAGUGACUGCAGCAUGAACGAUUUUGCACGUUUCACGUCCAAGCCAAUGUCUCAGUGUCUUCAGAAUCAGCCACGCUUGCAGACGGCUUACCAGGGGACUACUUGCGGCAACAAGAUAGUGGAGGCGGGGGAGACCUGUGACUGCGGAACAGAGGAGGAAUGCAAUAGAAGCCCACCUGUCUGCUGCGACCCUAUCACAUGUAGACUGAAAGAUACUUCAAAAUGUUUUACAGGGGACUGUUGCGAGAAUUGUGAGUUUAAAAGUAGUGAAGAAAUAUGCCGUAAUCGUGUUGAUGAGUGUGAUCUCCCUGAGUUCUGCAAUGGCUCAUCUGCGGACUGUCAAGAAGACCUCUUCAUUCUUAACGGGCAUCCAUGUGGGGAGAAUAAAUGGAUCUGCAUGAACGGGAAGUGUGUGAGUGGGAAGACGCAAUGUGAAGCAGCAUUUGGUGAAGGUGUAGACUUUGGUACAAGGGAAUGUUAUGAACAACUUAAUUCUAGGAAUGAUAUUGCUGGAAACUGUGGUAUAAGGAAAGACGGGAGUUACACACCAUGUGCACCUAACAAUCUGAAGUGUGGAAAAUUAGUAUGUGUAUAUAAUAAGAUGGAAGUAAACAGAAACAAACAUGCAACUACUAUUUAUGCCAACAUAAAUGGAGAGGUCUGUGUUUCUCUGGAAUAUCCUCUGAAUUAUAGCAAUAGUAAUGAGAUGUGGGUACAAGAUGGAACUGUUUGCGAUACACAAAAGGUUUGUAGGAAUAAGGAAUGUGUAGCUGAUUCCUUCUUGGGUUAUGACUGCACACCAGCAACUUGCAACAAUAAUGGUGUAUGCAAUAACAAAAAGGCAUGUCAGUGCUACCCUGGAUAUUUACCGCCAGACUGCAGCAUCAAAAUUCCUGUGUAUGGUGCACAAUUUGAUCCUGAAAGGCAUUACAUCAAAGGUGUUUACCAGACCAAGCCUAAAAACUGGCCAUUUCUCUUGAUCAUUCCUUUUCUCAUUAUUUUCUCUGUCCUGAUUGCUAUAGUGGUAAAAGUCUAUUUCCAAAGGAAAAAAUGGAGAACAGAAGACUAUAUAAGUGAAGAGGAUCUUGAAAGUGAGAGUGAACACAAAGACUCCAAAGAGAAGUCUGGAUAGCGAGGAUUCUGAGAUGUCACAAGCAUUUAUCUUCAAUGGGCAGAAGAAAGUGGAAAAGAAAAAAUAUGCACUACCUGAUAUCUUGGGAGUCAACCUUACAUACUGUGGUUUCUAGUGCACCAGAAAUGAUACAUGUUUUCAUGUACAUGUAAUAUAUACAUAUAAGUAUAUAUAUGAUUCUACAAACUAUUUGUAAGAAAGGCCCAAUUAUGAGUUUUAUAUUACAUUUUUCUUGUUUCAAAUGUUAUUUU